AAUGUUGCGUGUUGCGUUUGAGGAUUUUGAGUAAGGAGCCCGACGCAGACGGAGCGCUCGUGCGUCUUUGGAGAGGGCAGGGACGCAGCGCGGGCGCGGGCGCAGUUCCGUGCGCACAUCACAUCACCGGAGGAGAAGGAGGCUCGCGCGCGGCGCGGAACAGCGCGACGAUCCGGGGGACCCAACGCCAUGGACGCGCUCGUCGGACCCGGGGAGAGACGCGCCGGCGGCGGAUGAGCGGACCCGGAGCAGGACCGUGGGCGUGUGCGCGUCGCGCUCGCCGCCGCCUCCGCCAACUUCCCCCGCUCUCCAGCAAGUCAUGUCUGAACCGGAGCGAUGGGCAAGUUUGACGACAACGAGAGGAUAAUCCUCAACGUCGGCGGCACCAGGCACGAGACCUACAAGAGCACCCUGAAGACCCUGCCGGGCACGCGACUGGCCCUGCUCGCCUCCGACUCGGACCUGGACUCGGUGCUGGACCAGCUGCAACAAGUCCCCGGCUUCAUCGAGUACAACGCGCGGACCAACGAGUACUUCUUCGACCGCCACCCGGGCGUGUUCGCCUACGUGCUCAACUACUACCGCACCGGGAAGCUGCACUGCCCGGCCGACGUGUGCGGACCGCUGUUCGAGGAGGAGCUGUCCUUCUGGGGCAUCGAUGAGACGGACGUGGAGCCGUGCUGCUGGAUGACCUACCGGCAGCACCGGGACGCGGAGGAGGCUCUGGACGUCUUCGAGCUCAACGUGGACAGCGGGGAGGACGACGACGACAUCGGGAAGCGGCUCGGGAUCGAGGACGUGGCCGCGGACGUGAACGUGAGCCUGUGGAGGAAGUGGCAGCCGGUGAUCUGGAAUCUAUUCGAGGACCCGUACUCGUCCCGGGCGGCCAGGUUCAUCGCCUUCGCAUCUUUGUUCUUCAUCCUGGUCUCCAUCACCACCUUCUGCCUGGAGACUCACGAAGCCUUCAACAAGAUCAUCAACAAGACCGAGUCCAUCCGGAACAGCAGCGUGCCCGACUCGGGCCCCCAGUACGAGAUCGAGACUGACCCCGCUCUCACGUACGUGGAGGGUGUUUGUGUCUUCUGGUUCACCAUCGAGUUCCUGGUGCGCGUCACCUUCUGCCCGGUGAAGUUGGAGUUUGUUAAGAGCGUCCUCAACAUCAUCGACUUCGUGGCGAUCCUGCCAUUUUACCUGGAAGUAGGGCUGAGCGGCCUUUCGUCGAAGGCUGCUAAGGAUGUGUUGGGUUUCCUCAGGGUGGUGCGUUUUGUUCGCAUCCUGCGCAUCUUCAAGCUGACGCGUCAUUUUGUGGGGCUUAGGGUGUUGGGCCACACGUUACGGGCCAGCACCAAUGAAUUCCUGCUGCUAAUCAUCUUCCUGGCGUUGGGGGUCUUAAUUUUUGCCACCAUGAUAUACUAUGCCGAGCGGAUAGGCGCCAAGCCCAACGACCCCACCGCCGCCGGCCACACCAAGUUCAAAAACAUCCCCAUCGGCUUCUGGUGGGCCGUGGUGACCAUGACCACUCUGGGUUACGGGGAUAUGUAUCCGGAGACUUGGUCGGGCAUGGUGGUGGGCGCGCUGUGCGCUUUGGCCGGCGUGCUGACGAUAGCCAUGCCCGUGCCCGUCAUCGUCAAUAACUUUGGGAUGUACUACUCCCUGGCCAUGGCCAAGCAGAAGCUGCCAAAGAAGAGGAAGAAACACAUCCCGCAGGCGGUGCAAGGAGGGUCCCCCACCUACUGCAAAGCUGAUCUCAACACCACCUGCAACAGCACUCAAGGCGACCUGUGCCACGUCAAGGGGAGCAGGGUGCUCGAACGCAACCGCUCAGUUCUGUCUGCAGACUGCAGCGGGGGCAGCGACCUCACCAUGUCCCCCGAGGAGAGGGUCCCCAUGCGGAGGUCCAGCACCCGGGAGCAGGACCACCGGGGUGGGGGCACCUGCUUCCUGCUGGCUGCCAGUGACUACACCUGCCCCGCAGACGGAGGGCUCCGGAAAACAGAGAACUGCAAAGAGGUUGUCUUUACUGGUUUCACACAAGCAGAGAGCAGCGUUCUGUCUUAAUGGCCUGAGGACAAGGCACCGCCGUGGCGGAAAGACAAUUCAUUGCCUAUUUGAAAGAGGCUGGGAAAAGACUGUCAUCACUAUGAGGACCUAUUGCAGCGGGAGGACCCCCACCCACCCCCACCCCCACCCGCGGGGGACAAUACGGGGGGAGGACGUACGCAAACGCCACCGACUGACAGCCGCCCGGCUCACCGCUCACCCAGCAGGACGGGAACUGAACCGGUGGAUUCUGGGACGACUUUUUCCUCAUUUUUGAUUUUGAACUCGAGAUUUAAAAAAAAAAAAAUCAAAACAACAAAACAAAACUGGACAAAAAAAUAAAGAGAGAGAGACAGAGACGCUCUACUGUGUAGAUAUUGCUCCUGUAAAUAGGACACAGCACAUCUGGGCCACACAUCUGUCUUUGGACGGCGAGUCAGGUAAAGGAGGCGGGCGACGCCGUGACACUCACCCCCCCUCGCUGUGGUUUCCCUCCUCGCAAUAAGUGUAUUAAGAUGUAUCAGUUGAGGCACUUUGUGUUCUAAAAAUGGAGUGUAUUCAUAUAUGAACUUCUGCAUACAGUAUCUACAGUAUAGAGAGACUAAAACGUGCUCGGUUGAAUAAAUGUGGUCAUCUCUGCUUUCCUUUCCACUCGGUAACUUCGGUAGGUUUAAUUGCUCUGCUGUGUGUAAAAUGUGCGUAUGUGUGUGUGUGUGUGUGUGUGUGUGUGUGUGUGUGUGUAUCCUAAAUCUCCAGGGUUAACAUCUGCUGUUAGACAGGCCGGGUCAGAGUGGAUUCAACAGGCCGACCCUGCCCUGACCCCGCCCUGACCCCGCCCUGACCCCACCCAGUGAGGCAGCUGCUGUUGUAGAAGUCCCUCCGCCUCUCCGCAACCACUCAGUGCUGCAGAUGUUUUGUUUCUUUGCAAACCAAACUCCUCCUCUUCCUCCUCCUCCUCCUGGCCGGACCACCCCUCCCUCAACAAACUGUAUAACUUGAUUCUUCCAAACUUCCCCCCCUCUUGCGAUGGAGACGGGGGGGGCGGAGCAAAAAGUGUAGCAGAAGUUUAUUAAGUUAUAAAGUGGGACUUCUACAAUGGCGACGUCUGCACAGUAGCAACCCCCCCUCAAAGGAAAAAAAAAACAAAAAAAACAAUCAGAUCGGAUUUGCAAUAAGCGAAACCCGAAAAUGAAAAAAAGAAAAAAAAAAACUUGCCGAUCCACACUGUGAUUUCAGCAGAAAAACAAGAAGACAUGAGGGGGAAAAAAUAAUCUAAAAAAAAAAAACAAACCCAGCGUGGUUUUGUAGGCUAGCUCUUCAAGUGUCACCCCUUACCCACAAUCCUCCUGGUGUAGUACACACGCUGCUUUACUCUUCAACCAGGGUUACCCUUCUUUGUGUAUUUCUAGGAUGACGUUGUAAUUUUGAAAAAAACUGAAAAAGAAAAAAGGUGUUUAUUUUUUUGAAUCCAGAACCUGUAUUUUUGUGUCUUAACUGUUGAGUACAUUGAUCUUUACCUGUGAAAGUCAUGGUAGUCCGAUGCUGUGCUUCUCCAUCGUGUCCUCCAAGCGUCAGGCUUUCGACCCCAGUUCACACGUUUUGUAUGUUUUAACUGUGAGGAGAACAGUUCUAGUUUGAAGUCUGUAUUCGUGGAGCCUUUUGUUGGCCUUCUAAAGUGCAUGCUGAAAAAAAAAAAGAAAAACUGUCAAAUUGUACAAAAGAAAAAAGAAGAUGACAUCCUGUAUAUCACGUUCCAAACAAUGUGUAUAGAGUAAAGGUAAAUGCUAUGUGAGAGAUUCACAUAAACUAUUUAUCUUUUAA